GGCAAAUGUGCGCGGUGAAUUUAACUUUUUCGGAAGUCUCACAGCUGUUUUUUAGUCUUCUUUAUUCUGCUUAUGAUUGAUUUUACUGUCACUGAGAACACGCGUAACAUAAAUGUGGAAAAAUCAUAAUGGAGAUGGAGGCGCAGUGUCAAAAUAUUAAUGUUGAAGUCCUCGUCAAAUCUCAAAGCACUGCCAAACUGUCAGACGUGAAGAGUCAUGUCCUAUCUCUGCUGAAUCGCCACAGUUUGAUAUUUGGAAAUUACAGCUGGACGGAGUUUGAUGAAGAGUUCCUCUGUAGAAAUGUACAGUCUGUGGCUAUAGUUGAUCUUGAAGACAUGAUUACCCAGCCCCUGGAUCUAAAGAACUGUGCGAUCUCUGUGCACAUUUUCACACUGAAUGAAGAUGGUCCAAGCACUCUCAAUUUAGAAGAUGAUGAGGAACUCUAUGCAGCCAAUCAUUGGUUGCUGCCAGCAGCUGAAUUCCAUGGAAUCUGGGAGAGUCUGGUUUAUGAAAGUGGAGUCAAAACCCAGCUUUUGGAUUAUGUCACAACAGCAAUCUUCUUCUCAGACAAAAAUGUUGACAGUAACCUGAUCUCCUGGAAUCGGGUUGUGUUGCUUCAUGGGCCCCCGGGCACUGGGAAGACCUCACUGUGUAAAGCUCUGGCACAAAAGCUGUCAAUCAGACUUUCAAAUCGGUAUUCUUACGGACAAUUUGUAGAGAUAAACAGUCACAGUUUGUUCUCAAAGUGGUUUUCAGAGAGUGGCAAACUGGUCACAAAAAUGUUUCAAAAGAUCCAGCAGCUAAUUGAUGACAAAGAAGCGCUUGUGUUUGUUUUGAUCGAUGAGGUAGAAAGUUUAACGGCUGCAAGAAAUGCAUCUCAAGCCGGAACAGAGCCAUCUGAUGCCAUCCGAGUGGUAAACUCUGUCCUCACUCAGCUGGACCAGAUCAAACGUCACUCCAAUGUUGUUAUCUUGACUACCUCCAAUGUGACGGAAAAGAUAGAUUUGGCAUUUGUGGACAGAGCUGACAUUAAGCAGUACAUUGGACCUCCUUCGGAGAAAGGCAUCUACAACAUUUUUCUUUCCUGUCUGGAAGAGCUCAUGAAGUGCCAGAUCAUCUACCCUCGGCAGCAGCUGUUCACCAUGUUUGAACUAGAAACAAUGGGCUUUGCAAAGAGUGAGGUCUCUGAACACAGUCUGAAGCUCAGGAGCAUUGCACUAAAAAGUAGAGGUUUGAGUGGAAGAGCUCUUCGAAAGCUACCAUUUUUAGCCCAUGCAAUGUUUGUCAAGACACCAACUGUAAAUCUGGACAGGUUCCUGGAUGCAAUGGACAGGGCUGUGGACAAACAGAAGGAGGAGAAAAGUAACCUAGUCAAUGGAGUCUGAAGACAUUAAAGCCAACCUGGUAUUUUUCCUCAUGGUCUACACAUACAGUAUUUAACACAUUUUAGGAAAAAUAUUUUAAAUUUCAUUAGCAUUCACCUUUAGUGUUGCUUUAUAUACUUGUUAUGAAUUCAGCUUGUGUAAACGGUUUACUUUUAUAUAAAAUGUAGUUAUAACUUUUAUUCUUUCAUUUGUUUGUGUUGGGCA